GUAGUCUCCUGCGUACCCUGCUAGGGUUCAUUAAGGAUAUUCUAUAUUGGAGGGAAAGAAACUGCUACUCUGCAGUCAUGACAGAAAAAGAAAAUAAUAAGAAGUCGAAGUCGAAGGAGGUCUGCGGCUAUCCCAUCAGUAUCUUCUUCAUCGUUGUCAAUGAGUUCUGCGAGAGGUUCUCCUACUAUGGCAUGCGCGCCGUGCUGGUGCUGUACUUCAGGUACUUCCUGCGCUGGGACGAUGACCUGGCCACCUCCAUCUACCACGCCUUUGUGGCCCUCUGCUACCUGACGCCCAUCCUGGGGGCUAUCGUGGCUGACUCCUGGCUAGGGAAGUUCAAGACGAUUAUCUACCUGUCCAUCGUCUACGCCAUUGGUCAGGUGGUGAUGGCUAUCAGUGCCAUUCAUGACAUCACCGACACAGACCGAGACGGGAUACCAAACAACAUGACCUUCCAUGUCACGUUGUCCAUGCUGGGUCUGUUCCUCAUCGCCCUGGGAACCGGCGGAAUCAAGCCGUGCGUCGCUGCCUUCGGAGGAGACCAGUUUCAGGACCACCAGGAGAAACAGAGAAGCACCUUCUUCUCUGUGUUCUACUUGUGUAUCAACGCCGGGAGCCUCCUGUCCACCAUCAUCACUCCUGUUCUCAGAGGCCAGGAGUGUGGGAUCUACAGCCAGCAGAAGUGCUACCCGCUGGCCUUCGGCGUCCCUGCCGCUCUCAUGGUGGUCGCUCUCGUGGUGUUCAUCAUUGGCAGCGGGAUGUACUACAAGGCUGAACCCCAGGGCAACAUCAUGCUGGACGUGUGUAAAUGCAUCUCGUUUGCAGUCAAAAACCGCUUCAGGCACCGGAGCAGCCAGUAUCCUAAGAGACAGCACUGGAUGGACUGGGCAGAAGAGAAAUAUGAGAAACUUCUCAUUGCUCAGAUCAAAAUGGUCUUGAAGGUCCUCUUCCUGUACAUCCCUCUUCCCAUGUUCUGGACACUGUUUGACCAAAAGGGCUCCAGAUGGACAUUACAGGCCACCACUAUGAAUGGAGACUUUGGAUUGCUCAUUCUGCAGCCAGAUCAAAUGCAGACGGUGAACCCCAUACUGAUCCUGACCCUGGUGCCCAUCAUGGAGAGCGUGAUCUACCCUCUCAUUAAGAAAUGUGGCCUGAACUUCACUCCUUUGAAAAGAAUGACCGUUGGAAUGUUCCUGGCUGCCAUGGCUUUUGUCUGUGCCGGGGUGAUUCAGAUCCAGAUUGAUGAAACUUUGCCAACCUUCCCUUCAGCUUCCCAGAGCCAAGUGAAAUUGAUAAACAUGGGGGGUGUCCCUUUGACAGUGAACCUUCCUCAGAACAACCCUGUUCAGCUUGCAGGGGCUGCGGCCAGUGAGGAUUUCUUUACAUUUGAGCAGGACAACAUCACGGUCUCACUGGUCGCUCCGGCCAUAUCCAGAAAUAUUUCCUUAGUUAAAGAAAAGCGACAAACUCUUCUAAUUCCCUUAGACCCCAACAACGCUUGGGAGGUGACUGAUGAUAUAACUACCAAGCCAGAGCAAGGCAACAAUGCUAUAAGAUUUGUUAAUGGCAUGGCUAGUGCGCUGAAUGUAUCAACUGGUUCACUCAACUUUGAAAGAAUUGACCCGUCCUCAUACACCAACUACUCUCUUGUACGAUACGGAAACACGAUCUUCACAAUUACUGAUGGUGUCCAGACAUGCGAAUACACCCGAGACUUUGGGUUUGGAAGCUCCUACACGUUCCUCAUCCCUAGUUCCUUCACAUGGGGCACAAACUGCGGGGAGUCUGUUACUGCAGUGGAGGAUAUCCAGCCCAACUCGUUCCACAUGGCCUGGCAGAUUCCCCAGUAUUUCCUGAUGACUGCUGGAGAAGUAGUGUUCUCAGUGACAGGUCUGGAGUUCUCCUACUCACAGGCGCCUAGCAACAUGAAAGCAGUGCUACAGGCAGGCUGGCUUUUCACCGUUGCUGUUGGCAACUUUAUUGUGCUGAUUGUUGCUGAGCUAGCAAAGCUUCCUAAACAGUGGGCAGAGUACUUCCUGUUUGCCUCCCUCCUGCUGGCAGUCUGUGUCAUUUUCUCCAUCAUGGCUUACUUCUAUACCUACAUGGACCCAGCAGAGAUUGAGGCUCAGUUCAAGGACAAAGAUGAAAAAGAUGAACAUAAGUAUGAGGAACUUCAGAUGGAGAAGAAAGAUUCUGUGGAACACCAAGAAGAGGAUCGAAGCAAACAAACCAAAAUGUAAACGUGUGUGUGGCCUAGUCUAAUCACUCUUGUGGGGACCAAAUGUCCUCAGAAGUGUGGUGAAACGGUGCUUUUUUCUGUGGGUUUCAGCGUUAAGGUUAGAAGUUGUGUUAUGGUUUUGAAUGGGAGUGAAUUUUCAGGCCCAACUAAGAUAGAAAACUAAACGUGUGUGUGAGUGUGUGAGAGAGAGACUAGAGAAAGAGAGGGCUGAGAAAAACUGUGUCAGAAUAGAGAAAUACCUGUUGUAUUUUAUUGGUGUUAAUAUGUAAACCUAAUUCCUCCAUAAACACUGAUACUCAUUUAAUACAUUAUUAAAGUAUGAGACAGGGGCAUAAACAUUACAAACCUUGUAUACCCAAUGUAUUUAGACAUUGACCCUCUUUUGUAUUAUAUGUGUUUUUGUAUAAGCUGUCAGGGGAUUUGUUUUCUGUGUAGCUGAUUUUACGUUAAUAAAUCUUUUUUUUGUUUCAUUAUUUUCAAUACAAGUAUGUCGGGCCUGUGUGGCUGACAGGACUAGAUUGUUUGCUUGCAUUCAACUCACCCAUCAUACAGUAGAUUUUACAGUCAAGAUGGGUAGGCAGAGACUCAUCACAAAGCCUCACAAUCUCAUAUCCUUUAACUUUUAUUUUCACUUAAUAAAAAAAGAUGACAUUAGUGGAAACUAUACAUAGUCAACAGAAACCACUGACGAGAGUGAUUU